CCCACUUCCCCUCCCCCCGCUUCUUCCUUCCACCCGCUCCCCACUUCGCCUUCCCCCGACUCCGGUUCCUUUCCUUUCCUUUCUUUCUUUCUCGGCCUUUUGUUUCGUCCCAUGGAGGAGUAGCGGAGCGCAUCUUGGAUCCAUCCAGUUCCCCCGUUCUGCGUUUCGCGGCCGUGCGGGUGUUGUGCGGGCGAUGGAUUUCGGCGGCGGCAUUGACGACCAGAGUGAGAUGUGGGGAUGGCAGAGUCAGGAGUUUGAUCUUCAGAAAGAUCUGUUGCCUGCUCCAUCUAGCUCCUUGUGGGCUGAAGCAAACUCUGGUGUGGAUGAUGAUUGGAGCAUGUUCGAUGAGCAAACUCCAAUAAGACAGUGUACAGACAUAGAUUUUCAGUUCUGUGAUAUAGGAGAUGUUAUUACCAAGGAUUUUGAUGAAGGAAAAGAAACCUUACAAGCUAAAAGAAGACGCAUGCUACAGUUCUGUCCAGAAAGUGUUCAGAUGGAGUGCCCUUUGGCAGAUGGUCUCUCGGAAAAUCUGCAAGUGAAUUUGGAUUUCUCUAGUGAUGAGGUUUUGUUAAACUGUGAAGGGACAGACGAACUACCAGAACAAUGGCUAGUUGAUUUCUCUCAAGAUAGUGACCCUCGUUGCCUGCCAGAAGAAGAAGCGAAUAGUCCUACUAGUACUACUGCUCUGGUAAAAGCCAACAUCUCUGCUCUUAGGGAUUCUUUAGCACAGGAGCAGUCUAACGGAAUUGAGAAGAAACCUCUGCAAGGUCGAUCUACACCUCUGAAAGCUGGAAAAAACAUCAUCAGAGCAAGAAAGGUAAAAACAUCUGUGGCUUACCCAUUCGAGCUCAUCAAGCCAUGCGGUUUCCACGGCGGCAUCACUCUGAGGGAGAUAAACCAGAAAAUUCACGCCCCGCCUCCGCACAAGAUACGCCACAAGAGCGACGAGGGGCCAGCCUCGUACCAGGCCUCGGCCAUCUCCGGGAAGCCUGUGGUUCACAAGACGAAGAUCCACACUGAAGGGAGAAAGGGUACCAUAACGAUCACAAGGACAAUGGGCUAGUUCCUCCUCUCGCCUCGCCGUGUGACCCUCCUGGCAUACCACCCAGGGGUGUAUGGGUUGAUUUUCGUGGCGAAAACAGAUGCUUGUUGUGCGCACUCGGGUUGUUAGUUAGUCCUUGCUGGAAGAUUUAACCUCUGCUGGAUUGUUGCUAGGGGUGGUAGUGUGUUUCUGUGUAGUAGGCAGCAGGAGUGCUUUUUUUUCCCUUUCUUUUUGGUUGACUAGGGGGAAAGUUGAUGACAUCUUGUUAGUAUAUGUAUGGACAUAUUAGUUUGGUGAGAUUAUAUUUUGUGACAACCCAGCUCCA